CCUCCCACGCAACGAUGGCGGGGAGCUUCGAGAGGGCUGAGUAUAAAGGUUUAAGAAUGGCGUUGCCUUAUCCAAGUGGAGUUGUCGAUUGUGAGCCCUGGUAGAGAGAAGAGGGGGAAAUGCGGCUGCCACUCGCCACGCUGGUGUUGGCCAUUGGGUGCGUUGGGUUCACCUGGGCCCAAGGGUAUGGCUACCUCCCCCCGGACAAGCCGCUUAUCCCGGGAGAAACUGGAUAUGGUAACGGCAUCCUGCCCCCGCCCACCCCGCCCCCCACCAGGCCCCCCACCAGACCCCCCACCAGGCCCCCCACGAGACCCCCCACUCAGCCACCGACUCGCCCCCCAACUCGCCCCCCAACUCGCCCUCCUACACGCCCCCCAACCAGACCUCCAACUCAACCUCCAACUCGCCCUCCAACUCUCCCCCCAACUCGCCCUCCAACUCUUCCCCCAACUCGCCCACCAACUCGCCCUCCAACUCUUCCCCCGACUCGCCCUCCAACUCGCCCUCCAACUCUUCCCCCAACUCGCCCUCCAACUCGCCCUCCAACUCAACCUCCUACUCGCCCUCCAACUCGCCCUCCAACUCAACCUCCUACUCGCCCUCCAACUCGCCCUCCCACUCAACCACCUACUCGCCCUCCUCCUACUCGCCCGCCUACUCGCCCUCCCACCACCCCUGACGACCACGACCACCACCACGACCACCACCACCAUCACCACAGCGACGACCCUCUGGACUGGCUGAGGGAAUCGGUGCCCGGCGAGCCUGGCGUUGACUACCCGAUCUAUGGUUUCCCGAUCAUUGAGACUGGCUUCAGCUGUAACGGCCGUCCAGCAGGCUAUUACGCGGACCCCGAGACUCGCUGCCAAGUGUUCACCAUCUGCAACUACAACACGGCGAUCAGGAACGUGUGUCCCAACGGCACCAUCUUCGACCAGCAGGGCUUCACGUGCCGCUGGUGGAACGAGGUCAACUGCGCGGAGGCCGAGAGCUUCUACGAACUCAACACCCAGAUCGGAAUCGUUCCCCCAGACAGCCCGUACCAGCCCGACCGCGCCCGACCCACCCCCGGCACACCGUCCAUCCCAGUUCCCAGCGUAGUCGGGCUCCCGCAGCCACCCCGACCAAGGCCUCAACCUCCCCAAGUCUCCCCGCCGCGCCCACCUCCACCACCUCGUCCAAUCACUCCAGUGCAGCCAACACCCCCGCGACCUGUCACCCCAGUUAGGCCUCCCACCCCACCACGCCCUGUCACCCCAGUUAGGCCUCCUACCCCGCCACGUCCAGUCACCCCAGUUAGGCCUCCCACCCCGCCACGUCCAGUCACCCCAGUUAGGCCUCCCACCCCGCCACGUCCAGUCACCCCAGUUAGGCCUCCUACCCCGCCACGUCCAGUCACCCCAGUUAGGCCUCCCACCCCACCACGUCCAGUCACCCCAGUUAGGCCUCCCACCCCACCACGUCCAGUCACCCCAGUUAGGCCUCCCACCCCACCACGUCCAGUCACCCCAGUUAGGCCUCCCACCCCACCACGUCCAGUCACCCCAGUACGACCUCCCCCGCCACGUCCAGUCACUCCCACCAGGCCAGUCACCCCAAGACCCGGCCCCGGGCCCACCACAGGGUACGGGUAUGAUAUCACGCCCCCGAAGACCCCAGCCAACCUCUACGAUGCACCCAACUUCUGAGACCCUUCCCCUGCUCCUCCCCCGUCCUCCUUGAUCUUGACGCGGCCCCCCCAGGAGUAAAACAGCAUCAGGGGCGGCUCUCGUGCUCCCCCAGGCGGUGUUGACCUCAAGGACGAUGAUACAAAUUGGUCCCUAAACGUGUGUCUUUCUGAGCUCUGGCGCUGAUGUCGAAAAAUGAAGCUAAGUUCUCCUCCUCUUCCUCCUCCUCCUCCUUCUCCUGCAACGAACGGCACCGCCAAGAUGAUGCAAAAACAAACAUUCACCAUUCAUCUUCAAGACCCCCUCACCUCCCCACCCCAAGACUUGACCCCCGGUGACGCCUCGCACAAAAUCAUCUGCCGGAAAACGGAACGAAAUCAAAACGGGCUGCACCGACGACAUCGAAACCUUCUGCAAUACUCCACAUAUACGUGUACAUAGGAUCGACGACUACCGAUGUGAUGUAGGUCUAUGGUAUGGUACGUGAUGCAGUCUCGCAUCGCCUAUGUAUUCCAUUUGCUACACAGGAACUUAUUAUUUUUACUACGAUGGGGUUCACGAUUCACGACUCUCUCUUUACAAGGGUUCGAAGCUAACGAUGAGAGGAAGGACACGAUCAACUGCUGGUUACGACUCCUUUCAGCGACUUAAGGAAUGGGAUUAAGUGAAACAACCUCCGGAUAUCUGAUUUUUACGACUCCUUUCUGCGACUUGACGACCGAGGGAUUGGGAUGAAGUGAAACGGUCUUUGGAUAUCGAAUUCUUACGGUCUAUUUUUAAUCUUCACUCUCAUAUCAAGAACAUAACGAAGACACAACAAUAGGAUAAAUUAAACAAGGGAAAUCGAUUGCUGACACUCAUUUUUUUCUGCUACAAGACACAAGAAUCACAGGACAGUAACAAGAAUAAGCUGAAGUAGUUAAAACAGGUGACUGAUCUAAAAAAAAUUGCUACAAGACACAAGAAUCACAGAACAGGAACAAGAAUAAGCUGAAGUAGUUAAAACAGGUGACUGAUCUAAAAAAAAUUGCUACAAGACACAAGAAUCACAGAACAGGAACAAGAAUAAGCCCAAGUAGUUAAAAGUGUUGACUGAUCUAAAUUUUUUCACUCUCAAAUCAAGGACAUAAAGCAAACCUGUGAAAUCAAUAGCCUGGCAUUUAGUUCUCUGUUCCGCGACACAAGCAAAGAACAUUAACAAGCUGAAGAGUUCAAACAAAUGACUACUGGUUCCUCACACGUCAACGACUCAACCACGACCGGAACGACAGACCCAAACCCCGAAGGAUCGACCAGCCAGUGACGUCUAGGAACCUCGUGACGCUAAACUCCCUCUCUCCCUCACGCCGUCCGUCACGACACCCCCGAAACAAUACUCUUAGAUUGGAUUGUGUACAGUGCGGGUUGCGCUUGCAUGCUGUAACCUUAGUAUUAAAUAAACUGAACUGAAUGUG